UUUCUGGGCUGCCCCCUUUGCAGCCCUCGCUACUAAAGAUAGCUGAGCCUUCUGGUCUUGUAGCCGCCCAGGCUCCAUCCCAGACUCCGCAAUGGCCUUGCUGUGCUACAGGAAAGGCUGCGGGCAGAGCUUUGACCCAGAGAGGAACAGCCAGGAUGCCUGCCUCUACCACCAGGGCUUUCCCAUCUUCCAUGAUGCCUUGAAGGGCUGGUCUUGCUGCAAGAAACGGACGACCGACUUCUCUGAAUUCCUCUCCAUAAAGGGCUGCACGAAAGGCUACCACAGCCACGAGAAGCCUCCAGAGCCAGAGGAGGCCUCCGCCAAGCACAAGCCCUGCACUGAAGACCUUGUUCUGGAGUCAAAGUCUGCUGAGGUGCUGCAGCGGGAGAGGCCCAGUUCUGAUGAGCCCAAGCAGCCGCUGCUGGUGAAGGUGGCCCAGGCACUGCAACAAGUCCUGGAGAAGCUGGACUCAUCCACGGCCGCGCAACCUGCCCCGCACGGCUUGGCCAGCCCUGGGGACAGCUCAGAGGUGAGCACCGGCACGGCCUGCAAAAACACCGGCUGCCAGGCGGUUUUCCAGGGAGAGGAGAGCAAGAGGGAGACCUGCCUGCUUCACCCAGGGGUGCCCGUCUUCCACGAGGGCAUGAAAUACUGGAGCUGUUGCAGGAUCAAAACCACGGAUUUUGCCGCAUUCUUGGAGCAGAAGGGCUGCAGCAGAGGGAAGCACACCUGGGUGACGGGGCAGGAGGACAAGAAGCUGGUCUCUUGUCGACAGGAUUGGCACCAGACCAGCAGCCAAGUGGUGGUGACCCUCUAUGCCAGGACCCCCCUGCCCCACCUCAGCUCCAUCAAGGCCAACCGCACUGUGGGCAGGGCGGAGGUGCUGCGGCAGGACUUGGGACUGAGGAGGCUUCCUCUUUUCUUGCAGCUAGACAUCCGGGUAGCCUUUGAGAGAGACAAGAUUUUCCAGGCCCAGCUAGAUCUCUGGGGGGUCAUCAAUGUGGAGAAGAGCUUUGCCAGUCUGUUGCCUUCCAAGGUGGAAAUUGCCCUGAAGAAAGCGAGCCCCAUUACCUGGGCUGGGCUCGAGCAGCCGCAGAGCCGAGUGGAGGCCUGUCAGCCACCGCCCCAGGAGGAGGCCACAAAAGGCAGUUCUCCAGAAGCCCCCUUGGAUGAGUCAGAUGACAGCCUGGGCUGGUCCGAGGAUGAGGGCUGAGGGGGCAGCCCAGCAGGGGCAGGCAGGCAGCUGAGCCAGGCUGAGGAACAGGAGGGGGCCGGGCUGGCUCUGGGGCUCAGGUGGAGAGCACCACCACGGAGCCUAGGGACACCUCCCACCAUCGACAGUUUCACCCCUGCGGGAGGAUCCUCUUGGCCCUGUCUUAUCUUGAAAUAAAAGCAACUUCUUUAAGUGGGA